AUGACUGACCAGGAAGGAGGUGAAGUCCGCCGUCUACCGGGAGGACCUACAAUGAGUGCCAAACAAAUCGGCCAAUCGAAGAAUCCCAAGGCCACGGCCGCUCAGAGCGGAAAGGAUGCAGCCAGCGCUCUCAAGGCUGAAUAUCUAAAUGCGAACCUCGCACCUUUUCUUGAUAUAUAUCGAGAAACGGGUGAGUUCGAUGAUCAAUUCAGGCGCUCAUACGGCAAUACUUCGGGGUUAAUGGGAACUUGUGAUUCAGCAUUCAUCUACUCCCAGCAACGCACGGGUAUCAUCGUAACUGCAAAGGAUUUCCCGGGCCUUGGAGCUGCCGGGAAGAACGAAGACACAGACGUGGAGCCCGUCACUAUCAAUCUGAGUCUUGAGGAACUCCGCUCCGUCGACCAGGCGCUAUAUACCAAGGCUAUCGCUGCUGGUCUGGACAUGGUUAUGAGUUCAUGGGCGCUUUAUCCUGCGUUAGAUUCCAAGUAUCCGUCAAGAUUGAGCAAAGCCCGGGUUCAAGGAGAGCUACGAGGAAGACUUAGAUUUAAGGGUGUCACAAUUACUGAUCCCAUCGAAGCUGGAGCGCUGGAAGCCUUUGGGAAUGAUGCAUCAAGAGGCCUGUUGGCUGCUCAGGCUGGGAUGGAUAUUCUUCUUGCGUCUGCGAAGAAUCUUACCCAGGGCGAGGCUAUUGUUGAUUCCCUCAUUUCUGCUCUACAAGACGGGUCAUUGUCGUCGGAUUCUUUUGCGGAGGCGACCGAUCGCAUUCUCGCUGUUCGUCAGAAGAUUCCCGUUUAG